UAAAUCGCGCAUGCGCAGAGGGCGGAGCCUGCGGAAGUCCUGACGGAAAGGUCUUUUUGUUUGGACCGCUGAGAGAGUCGACACUCAGUUUGAUUCCCCUGGUUAACAACCGUUUUUUAUCUGCAUUACUUUCGGGUGUCUUUUAUGAGUAAUCAAAAGCAGCAAAAGCCGACGCUAACAGGCCAGCGGUUCAAAACGAGGAAAAGAGAUGAAAAGGAGAGGUUUGACCCUACUCAGUUUCAAGAAAGUAUCGUACAAGGCUUGAAUCAAACUGGCACUGAUUUGGAAGCGGUCGCAAAGUUCCUUGAUGCCUCUGGCUGCAAGCUUGACUACCGCCGGUAUGCAGAGACUCUCUUUGACAUCCUGGUGGCUGGCGGGAUGCUGGCCCCAGGCGGGACUCUAUCUGACGACAUGACCCGCACUGAGUUCUGCCUCUUCACGGCACAAGAAGACCUUGAGACAAUGCAAGCAUAUGCUCAGGUUUUUAACAAGCUGAUCAGGCGUUACAAGUACCUGGAGAAGGGUUUCGAAGAGGAGAUCAAGAAGUUGCUGCUGUUUCUUAAGGGGUUCACUGAGUCUGAGCGCAACAAACUGGCCAUGCUGACCGGCAUCCUGCUGGCCAACGGCAACAUAUCAGCCUCAAUCAUUAACAGCCUCUUCAACGAGAACCUCGUCAAAGAGGGAGUAUCUGCAGCCUUCGCUGUCAAGCUGUUCAAGUCAUGGAUCAAUGAGAAGGACAUCAACUCUGUUGCUGGCAGUCUCCGCAAAAAUGGCAUGGACAACAGGCUGAUGGAACUCUUUCCUGCCAACAAACGGAGCUGCGAGCAUUUUUCUAAGUACUUUACCGACGCCGGGCUGAAGGAGCUGUCCGACUUCGCCCGAAACCAGCAAUCCAUCGGCGCCCGCAAGGAGCUGCAGAAGGAACUCCAGGAGCAGAUGUCUCGUGGUGACCCUCAGAAGGAGAUAAUCGCCUUCACCAAAGAGGAGAUGAAAAAGGGCAACCUCUCCGAGCAGGCCAUGAUCAGCAUCAUUUGGACCAGCCUGAUGAGCUCCGUGGAGUGGAACAAGAAAGAGGAGCUGGUGACCGAACAAGCCAUCAAACACUUGAAGCAAUACAGCCUUCUGCUGAAAGCCUUCACCUCCCAGGGUCUGUCCGAGCUCAGCCUGCUGCUGAAGAUCCAGGAGUACUGCUACGACAACAUCCACUUCAUGAAGGCCUUUCAGAAGAUUGUGGUGCUCCUCUACAAAGCCGACGUGUUGAGUGAAGAGGCCAUACUGAAGUGGUACAAUGAUGCCCACGUUGCCAAGGGGAAGAGCGUUUUCCUCGAGCAGAUGAAAAAAUUUGUCGAGUGGCUGAAGAAUGCUGAGGAAGAGUCAGAAUCGGACGAAGAGGAGACCGACUAAAACCUCCACCGCCAGAUGAGCUUUUUUCACCCCUUUUUUUCUUUUUAUAAGUAGCAGCAGGAGCAGUAGAAUGUCUUUUUCCCUUCUUUCUCUUCUACCUCCUGUUACUUCUUUACCCCCAAACACACACACACACCCUUCCACCACUAAAGUAUCCAAUAUUUUUUUUUUUUAAGGGCUCAGUCCUUAUUCGUAACAUGUUUAAGUGUCUCGGCUCACAGUGGAAGUGGGAAAAGAUUAAUACUUUUUUUUUUUUUUUUUUCCUUCUCUGUAUUAUUAUUAUUGUUGUUUUUCCUUCUGUAAUUUGGAUACAAAUCAUUCCAUGUGAUCUCUAUGGCCUCCACUCGAAUCAAUUGGAACCAGAAUUGGUUUGAUAUCCGGGUUUGCCAUGUGACUAUGAGGCCGACGAAAACGCAGUAUUGCCAACGUUUCCUUUUUUUUUUCUUUUUUUUUUCGCCCUUUUUAUUGACUUUUUUUCAUUUUGCCCAGCUCAUGUUUUGGCUCCUGUUGGGUCUCAAACUUUGCCUCCUUCCUCGACUUUUGGGUAAACCUGUACCGCGUGUCUAAUCGCUCUGGUCAGUCCGUCAGAAGACGCCCUGUAAGAUGCCUCGCCAGCUAACUGAUUAUUAUUGGUUUCUACUUUCUUUAAUCUGAUAUAAACCAAUUGACUUUUUUAUGAAAAUAAAGAUUAUUGAAAUGGUA